AUGAAUAAAGUACCAAGGCUGACGGUGAAGAACAUCGAAAAUCUACGAUAUAAGAGGCGACCGGUGAUUCACAAGUGCACCAGGUGUGGAAAGGGUUAUCAACUGGAAACUUCGCUACGAAGGCAUCAAAGGCUCGAAUGCGGAGUCGAGCCAAGACAAAGCUGUCAAAUUUGUGGGAAAAAGUUCACUCAUAGGUUCAAGCUAACGCAUCAUUUGGCUUCGUGGCUUUUGGCGACAAUGCUGUUAUCGCAGGAUAUACAACAACCGCAGGACGAUAGCGAACCAUUGUGGGUACGUUACCCGGGCAUGCCUUACAACCCGAACAGAAAUCGAAGACGAAAAAAUGGAAAGGAUAACGGGUCGAAGUACGCUUGCAACAGGUGCGGGAAAACUUACAAGGCCACCACGUCUUUGAGUCGUCACAAACGGCUCGAGUGCGGCGUUGUACCUUGCGAAGUUUGCCCGAUAUGCGAUAGAAGAUUCAAGCACAGAUUCGUCUUGAAUUCGCACAUCGUCGGAUGCCGAAGAAGACUGCGACACAUUGUGGAGAAAACCGGUGACUCGCCGGUAUUCGCCAAAGAACGGGAGUAG